AAGGAGUGGAGUUGUUUUGAGUUGGAGCGUUCAGAACCAAGGGAGUUCAGAGAGUUUGACUUCAGAGUUCAGACAAAAAGAAGCAGGUAUUUACCAAAACUCGAUCAGCCAGCUGAUUGGUACCAAAAGUCGAGGAGACAGGGAGGGAGAGAGAGAGAGAGAGAGAAGGAAGAAGAAGGUGGAAAUGGAGAGGCGAGGGCGUGGUCGAAACGUUUCUUCUUCCCAAUCCACGCGUGGCCGCUCGAACAGGUUCGUUUCGAAACCCACCUCCGCCGCAACUCCCAAAUCCUCGAGCGGAGGCGCAACUGGUACUGAGAAAGCACAAAAAGACGCCGUAGAUAACCAUUCCGACGUUCCCGCCAUAGUGGGCACUUGCCCUUUGAUGUGCCCGGAAGGAGAGAGGGCGCAGCGUGAGCGGCUUCGUGAUUUAGCAGUGUUUGAGAGGCUCCAUGGAAAUCCAAGGCAAUCAUCUCCGGACCUCGCUGUUAAAAAAUUUUUCAGAACUACGUCUAACAAACAAGUUGAAGCAUCGGAUGUUCGGCCGCUCCCUGUGUUGGAAGACACCUUAAAUUACCUUUUAAACUUGUUUGAUUCUAGAGAAUAUCCUUUUGAAGUGGUUCAUGACUUCCUCUUUGAUCGAACAAGGUCGAUAAGACAGGAUCUUAGCAUGCAGAAUGUUGUCAACGAUAAGGUCAUCCACAUGUAUGAGAAAAUGGUAAAAUUUCAUAUCAUAUCCCUACGCAAGCUUCGAGGUUGUCGCAGUCAAAAUACUUCUUCAACCCAUUACCUCAACAUGGAACAGCUUGCAAAGACUUUGACAUCUCUAUUUGAUCUGUAUGAAGCACAUAGGCAUUCCAAUUCUACAUAUGAAAACGAAGCUGAGUUUUGUUCGUUUUAUGUGCUGCUUCAUCUUGGUCCUAACAGCCAACCGAUGGGAGAGUCCCUUUCAUGGUGGUUUUCUCACUUGCCUUCUUUGUUAAUCAAAUCGAAGGAAAUGUGCUUUUCCCGAAAGAUUUUACGAUUUUUCCGGAUGGGCAACUAUAAGCGUUUCUUAAGCACUAUAGCAGCUGAGGCAUCUUAUCUUCAAUACUGCAUUCUCGAGCCUUAUAUCAAUCAGGUUCGAGCGCUAGCUGUCUUGUGUAUAAAUAAUGGUGGAUACAGGCUUCAUCCGUAUCCGCUGGCACACUUGUCUAAGCUCUUGAUGAUGACGGAAUCAGAUUUGGAGUCUCUUUGUAGAGCUUGUGGUCUUGAUAUUUGCACAGAUGAAGAUGGAUGUAAUUUGUUACCCACUAAGCAAACCACCUUCUGUCAUCCAAAGGAUGGAUUUCAAAGCUACAGAGUUUUGGGUCUGGAAGAAUUCGAGAGGUAAUAAAUACACAUGGUCAAUACUGCGUUCAACGGUCCCUUGAUCAAUAUGACAAAAAGCAUGCCUCUGAUCCAAAGUAUAAAACAUCUCUUUGGUGUAGCAAGGUGGACCAAGGCUUGAAUUUGAUGUUUAGGGCUGCUUGAAUUUGAUGUAGCCGACUUCGACAACAUCAUGUCGCAGAUAAGUUCUCCCAUGCUGCAACAAGUUAAUGUGUUCGUAUACUGAAGCAAAGUGUACAACUCCAACCCUUAAUUUACAGCAAAGUGAGUUGCCCAUUCUUGUAAGAGAGGAAAGGAGAAAGUACAAGUCUAAAAACUUAAGUACACUUUGCGGUAUACCUUCUUCGUGCCCAUUCUCCUCGUGUGAGGGCCAUGUGAGAAGAGAGAUGAGAAGAAAAAGAUAUGCACCGAGGGCCCUGGGUGUGUUUUCUUGGAAAUUAGAAUGGUAACAAGAAUGUAAACUUUAUGAAAGGUCGGGUGAUUUGAUUCGAGUAUUCGAGAAGGGGAAGACGCCGGGAUUUGAUUAAUUUUGUUGCAUAACGUGUUGUUUUAUGUCCCCUGCUAUGACACAUGAAACAAAGUGGUGAUGCUGCACCUAAAGUUAAGGUGGAGACCAAAACCGAACUGUAUGAUGUGAAUUGACAUUUGAAAGAUCACGGUUUAAUCCCAUCAAUGUA